AUGGUUGCUGGAAUUGCUGCACAGCUGCACUAUCCCACGACUUUCACCACUUUGCAGCCACAAGCCCUCGUGGCUAGAGCUACCCUCCACAACAACGCGACGGUGAUUGGUGCCGACAUCCAUAAUGACAUCGCCACCCCAGUCUUGGAGAAAGUCCAUUCACUCCCUUAUUUCCUAUCACAUUUGACAUAUGCUCCCGUGUACACAUCCAAUGAAACCCUAGCCCAUGUGUAUUUGGGCUUCACAUCAUUCUCUCCUCCUGAUCCACGUAGUCAAGUGGACCUCAACCUACUAGUUGAUCAACUCAAGCAGAAGUUAGAUAGGGACAAACGAGCAAGGGAGAGAACGAGAACGUGUUGUUCAGCACCUAAACGAAAUGCAGUUAUCUGCAAGCCAUACUCGAAGUUGAUCGACAGUCUGUUCGAGGUUGUGUUCAAUGACAAACGUGCACGAAAGGCUGGGCCCACAAUCCGAUGUCCAUACUCGCUUGGGCCCACAAAGUAUCCACUCUGGGCUAGGCCUGCAAGAAGAUUGAGUUCGUAA